CACUCUGCGCGCAGUGAUGUUCCUCGUCAGUAGGCGAGCAUUGACGCAUGCGUGAUAGGUAAUCGAGUAAUUCGGCGCUGAAAAGGAAGGAACCUACUUUUGUAGCGGUGCGACAACCAAAGCGUCAGCGCUAGCUAGGGGAACAGCAGUAUUAACUAAAACGGCGUCUACCUAGUUACUUUGCUUUCGAGCAUCGUGACAAAGCGCAGAGUUUGGAACAUGGCUGAUAAAGAGGUGUAUGACGAUGCUGUGGAAGAAAGGGUCAUCAAUGAAGAGUACAAGAUUUGGAAGAAAAAUACACCUUUCCUGUACGACCUGGUGAUGACGCAUGCGCUGGAGUGGCCCAGCCUUACUGUCCAGUGGCUUCCAGAUGUCAGCAGGCCCGAAGGGAAGGACUACGCAGUACACCGGCUGGUGUUGGGGACCCAUACGUCAGAUGAGCAGAACCACCUGGUGAUUGCCAGCGUCCAGGUACCAAAUGAUGACGCCCAGUUUGAUGCCUCGCACUACGACAGCGAGAAAGGAGCAGAGUUUGGUGGAUUUGGUUCAGUAAGUGGAAAAAUCGAGAUUGAAAUUAAGAUCAACCACGAGGGAGAGGUCAACCGAGCCCGCUACAUGCCCCAGAACCACUGCAUCAUCGCCACCAAGACCCCCACCUCUGACGUGCUGGUCUUCGACUACAAUAAGCACCCGACUAAGCCAGAUCCCAGCGGGGAGUGCAGUCCUGACUUACGGCUGAAAGGCCACCAGAAAGAAGGCUAUGGCCUUUCCUGGAAUCCCAACCUCAGCGGCAACUUACUCAGCGCCUCCGACGACCAUACCAUUUGUCUAUGGGACAUCGGGGCGGGCCCAAAGGAAAGGAAGAUUGUGGAUGCCAAGACCAUCUUUACCGGACACACAGCAGUGGUGGAAGAUGUUUCCUGGCAUUUGCUCCAUGAAUCCCUGUUUGGCUCAGUGGCAGACGACCAGAAACUCAUGAUAUGGGACACUCGGUCCAACACCACAUCCAAAGCCAGCCACGCCGUGGACGCUCACACUGCUGAGGUCAACUGUCUCAGCUUCAACCCCUACAGCGAGUUCAUUCUCGCCACUGGCUCUGCUGACAAGACUGUUGCCCUGUGGGAUCUAAGGAACCUCAAACUGAAGCUCCACUCCUUUGAGUCCCACAAAGAUGAAAUUUUCCAGGUACAAUGGUCUCCACACAAUGAAACCAUCUUGGCCUCCAGCGGCACCGACCGGCGACUCAACGUCUGGGACCUCAGUAAAAUCGGGGAGGAGCAGUCGGCAGAAGAUGCUGAGGAUGGCCCACCAGAGCUGCUGUUCAUCCACGGGGGCCACACAGCCAAGAUCUCUGACUUCUCCUGGAACCCCAAUGAACCCUGGGUCAUCUGCUCGGUGUCAGAGGACAACAUCAUGCAAGUCUGGCAGAUGGCGGAGAACAUCUACAAUGACGAGGAGCCAGACAACACCCCUGCAUCAGAGCUGGAGGCUCAGGGAUCAUAACCCAGCACGGCACUUGUCUCUCCAGGCACGACCCCCCCCCUCCCCCAAACCUCUAACCCUGCCCUAUUCCCUGAUCUCCCAGACCCAGCCUCUCGUUUCCCUCUCUGACUAUUCCAGUGCACAAGGAAGAAUCUGCUCCACGUGAAUGACCAAUGUGGAGAGCUAGAGACAGCGUGGACUCCACCCUUGCUAAUAGAUGGUUGAAUUCAGGCUCAGCUUGUUCCCACUUCCCCGUUGGCCCAAGUCCCCAGAAGCACUUGGAGUAGGAUAAGAUUUGCUCAGGUGGUAAUAUCUCCAGUUUUUGGGGAAUAGGAUUUGAAGCCUUUUAAGAGUAGAACACCUUUUGUGUGCUAAGUCAGUGUAAACCAUUGUUAAGACAAGUUAAUCAGUUCAUUUGCAAGGAAAACACUAAAGUGUCAUUUUACAUUUUGACUUAGCAGUAGCCAGAAAAACCACUCGCUAGUAGGCUUCCCUCAAGACGCAAACAUGUAAGGAAACCCGCCCAGUAAAAGACUAAUCUGAGCUCUGAAAUGCUUUUUGGGAAAACCUGAUCUACAUCUGUCCAAACCGCAAUUGGCUAAAAGCUAACGUCGAUGGUCAUGUCCAGGGGAGCUUUAUUCCUACUUUAGUUUCCCACCUGUCGAGCACUUAUAGCUGUUAAUUUCUUACAUAAUAUCGUACUUAGCUGACACUUCCCAGCUGUCCUUUGAAGGAACAUCCCCUGCUGCGUUUGCCUCCUGUUUCUAAGGUACAGAAACUGCUGUGUUUGAGUGAAAGGUGUGGAACUAAGUUAGUGCACUUGAGGGAAACACAUCUUUUCCCUCUCUUCUGUUACAUAAUGUGAAAUUGCCUUGUUUUGUUCCCUGCACCACAAAUUGCAAUAAAACUUUUAUAACUUUUCAAA